AUGGCCGCCGCAGCCUCCUCCACCACGCCGCUCCCCGGUCCUGCCGCCUCCACCGCCGCCUCUGCCUCCUCCGCGGCAGCCACCGCCUCCGCAGCAAACGCCAGUGGAGGAGGGCACCUUGAGCAGCAGCGGCUCCUGCUCCUGCUCGCUGAGCUGGCGAGACAAGUAGUCCCGGGCGCUACCGCCUGCAGCCUGUGGAGAGGUGAUUGGCCUAGGCAAACGGUGCCGAUCACGCACCUGGAAUCCGCUGCUCUGGCGAUGGCAGCCUCGACCAAUAUCAAUGCAGUUGUGAGGCGCCUGCGCGGCAGCAGCAGACGCAGCGAGAUUGAAGCAGCCCGAAGCCUGGCUGAUCUCUCUUCCAGCCAGGCCAGCAGCACAGCCAAUGUAGCGGCAGGCGGUAUCCCGGCGCUGGUGCAGUGCCUGGGCAGCGCUCGAAGCAGCGCGGCUUUGCUGGAGGCAGCAGCCUGGGCACUGAGCAAUUUGGCAAGCGAAGGCCCAGACAACAAAGCAGCCAUUGCUGCAGCCGGCGGCAUUCCUUUCCUUGUAGAGCGCCUGCGCAGCAGCAGCAGCGAUGCAGUGCAUGCGGCCGCAGCCGCGGCGCUUGCUAAUCUGUCUGCUGAGAGCCCCUGCCGCUGCACCGCCAUUGUGGACGCAGGCGCCAUUCCUGUGCUCCUGGGGCACCUGCGCAGCAGCUUGGACGAGACAGUGCAGGAGCGUGCAGCCAUGGUGCUGCACAAUUUAAGCAUCGCCAACCCUGACAACAGCCUCCUGCGCAGCAGCAGCAGCGAGGUGGUUCAUCAGCGAGCAGCCACAGCGCUCUUCAAUUUGUCUGAGGACAGCCCCAGCAACAGCGCCGCCAUUGCGGCAGCUGGAGGCAUCCCUGCCUUACAGCUGCUGCACAGCAGCAGCGCAAGCGACGAGGGUUCAGAUGGAGUGUAG